UAAUGGCCGACACAUGGAAGAGCCAAAUACCUACACGUAGGUUCCAAGAAACACCUAAACAGCACGUCUUUUUAGCCAGACUUGGGUUAUAAGAUCAAAGAAUCAAUCACUUUCUCAAGGUGGAAAAAUAGAAAACAGAAGUGUAGAUCAAUGGGAGAAAGGCUUGAACAACAGCAGAGUGGGAGAUCAAUGAUGUUGGCAGCAAUUGUUGGUGUGGCCCUGACUGCACCGCUGCUGGGAAUGAUGGGAUUCAGCUUCUUGGCAGCAUCAACACUGCUAUUUAUAAGCUCACCUCUGCUGCUACUGUUCAGUCCUCUGCUGCUUUUUGUUGGGUUGGUUUUCAUGGUUGCUUUGGCCGGUUUCGCCAUUGCUGCAACCAUGGGUUUUGCAGGUGUAUCGGCUCUAGUAUGGAUGUAUAGAGAGAUAAGAAGAAGAAGUAGUUUAGGAGCUGGUUCCAGUAGGGGUGGGUCGGUUCCAAUCAAGUAUUUGCACCAAAACUGGCAAGAGAUAUCAACCAUCUGA